AAGCUCGACAGAACAACGGCGAUUUGUGGUGCCCGGGCGGUAUAUAAACGGCCCGCCCAUGGCACGGGCCACGACCGAGCCCUCUUGUCUCCGGCGGCGGCCGCCCCACAGCGCAGCAUGGCGCGGUUCGCACGUCUGAGUCUGGCAGGCCCACCGGUCCUCCUGCGCGCGGUCAUCGGUGGGCUUGUGCUCCUAGUAGUGUCAGAAUCAGUCACUUCCAUGCCCACGAAAUCGACGCCGGAGUGGAGGAGGAUAUCAGACGAAGCUUACUUCUCUGAUCUUCUCUAUCCUUGCAGUGAUGACCUGCCUCAGGUGCAACCCGCAGGUCCACCCACCGAUACGUUUGCCAUUGAAUACGUGAAAAUACUUGGCGAGCGAACGACGGCGUGCCUAGGGCACGCCAGCAAGCUUCUGGCCGUGAAUUUGCCGGAAAGUUGCUCCACGCUGCAAGAUGUCAUGGAAGCGCCGGACCAGGUGACCCUACAGAGCCUGAGCCAGGCGCAAGCGUUGAGCAGCCUGUACGGCUUCCUGGUGAGCCACGCGGCGUACGCAUUCUUCGUGAGCGAGCAAGCCGAGAAGUACGCGAACAGUUCGUGUGCUAGUCCCAACGAGCACACGCUGGCCGAGAACAGCCGCACGCUGGCAGCCCAGCUGCGCGACUUGCUGUGCACCAUCAAGCUGACGGCGAGCGUCCACGGUGGAAACGUCCAGUUCAGCGCCUCCGAGGAGCGCGUGGCAUCGCUGCGCGUCUGCGACGAGAGCACUUGUAGCAGGAGGCUACUCAGGGACUGCCAGGUGGUGGCCAGUGUGGCAAACGUGCUGCGCACGUUGCAACGCUAUCUGAUGGGCUUACAACCAGACGAGGCGAGCUGAUAGCGGCGAGCGCCGCUAGCGCCCCACCUAGUUCCUCUACUCAAGUUCCAAGCGCCAAAGACGGUCGCGCAGGACCUGUGAUUUGUGGACCUGCCCGCAUUGGCACAGCAGCCUCUUCAGUACCGGUUGGGCCAAGUGGAGGUGCCCAGCUUGACACCGGUGUCUUCGCGUCCAUGGCUGUGUUAGCGUGUGUGCGAGCUUUCGGAAGGACACCUUGUGCGUGUGUGUGUGUAUGGAUGAGGGCGGCCCGAGUACGCCCUUUGGAGCUGUGUGUGCUCACUCCUCACUAUUUAUUAUUUCAAUGCUCAUGACUACCAUCGUCGACUUCCAUCUGUUCGCUUUUUGUUUUAUCUCGUCAUUCCACUAUUUAUUUAUUUAAGCCUAUUUAUUACGCCUAAAAGUAGAUAUCUGGGACAAAAGUUGCUCCCGCCAAGACGAGCGCCUGUGUGAUCUGUUCGUUUCAUGCUCUCGCUGUACGGCAAGGGAUCGGUUACAUGACUUGAUGGUUUUAUUUUCAAAGUUGCGUUGUUGGGCGUUAAUUUGCUGAAACGAAGGCUUGGACAUGAGCGCUCCAAGCGAUGGAUAAGGUGCUGCCGAUCGCAAUGCCUGGCGAUGUCGCAUAUUCUUUUGCUUUAUGUUUUCUCAACUGACCCAGUGGCCGAGGCGUAUUACUCGAAAUAAUUUUCAACCGAAAAAAAGAAAUUACUCUGUCAUAAAGAAAAUGAAUUCGUUUCUUGGCUCUCCUCACCAAUGAGUUAAGGUUAAAUGAGUUAAGGUUUCUGUUGGCGUGGUGCCUCGAUGUAGCGCACGAUGCCCCAGGGUACGUGUGAGGCUGGGCUCUUGGGGACUUGUAUUAUUCCUGCACGUGGAGGCGCGCAUUUGUCGGGCCUCGUGGUGAUUCAGUAGCUAUGGCGUUCUGCUGCUGUGCACAAGGAGGCUGUUGUGAUUCCCAGCAGCAGACAACUUCGUUCAAUGGUUUCGGGAUGCAAAAAAACUCCCGUGUGCUUACAUUUCGACAAAGUUUGAAGAGUUUCAUUGGGGGAAAGUAAUACGGGUCCCGACAUAAUGCUGUUCGCUGUAAAGAAUGUGUAGAAAUACACGAGUUAGGCUACGUCGCCGUGUCACAGUUUAGCGGCGCCGCGCAUUAAUUCUUUGCAUCUGCCACCGCUCAACAGCCGCCAUGUUUUCCAAAGCUUUAUUCACAGUUGUGCCUACAAGUGGUUGUUAUAUUUGCUAUGCUGUGAGGCUGCUCAGCGGAGGUUGUUACCUGGUCUGGAAGGUGUUGUUUCGAUUAGUUCCUCUUUGACUGAAAGAUGCCGAAAGCCUCAUUCGCACUGUGUUCGCAGUUGUCUUUGGAUGAAAAUAACACACGACAAGAACGGUAGUUUCUUGAAUGAGAACUAAUUAAGUUGCAUUUAAAUGUGGGGAACUGGACAAGUUCGCCCCUUUAUCAAAGUAACAUGCAAACGAACAAAAUGGAAGCGAGGACAAGUAAGCAGGACAGUGGUAGACUUGCAACAAAAUCGAUUAAAAAAAACAAGAAAGACAGAAAUGGGCAAAGGGGGUUUCGAUGCCGCAUGAUCAUUUUACAGAAACUAUGGAAUUGCCUCGAAAACAAUACUCGAACGUAUGUUCAACAAGCGUGUGCGUCGCAGCCUGUGGCGUCGCAUGCGCGCGCAAGUAUUUCGGAGGAAACAGCAAAUACUGCGAUCACGCACACUGCGCUAUACGAUGCCAAUCUCGCCUUCACCUCUGCAACGCACUUCAAUAAAUGCGUUUGCUUGUGGUCGUGUAUGCUUUCUAGCCCAUAGUGAGCCGUAACAUCCAGAACUCUGAAGGUUGUAGCACAGGCUUUUGCCUGCAUAAUUGCAAACGUGCACAGACGCCUAGAUGUGCACAAGUGUGAGAGCCAUUUCGUGAGAAGAGGUGUAAUAAAACAACUGCGCUGGUGAUGUUCAAAUAGAGAGCGGCGUAUCAUACUUAUGCAUACGGGAUAGGUCAAGAGUAUAUAUUUUUGGUGAUUCAAUCGUACGUCUAACAUUGUCCUCCUUGCUUCUAGUCUGCUGUUUCUGGAUUUGUUCCCUAUGCUAUAAUUCAAUGGUGAUUAAAUACGACCAAAGUACUACAUUCCGUGCGCUUGGUUCCCACAGCACAAAAUAUGUAAUGCCAAAUCUUUCCGGGGGCAAAAUGCGCCUCGGUGUUAUACGAGAUCCGAAGAUAUGUCCUAGGGCAAGUAGGAUUCUUUUGAAUGUGCGUUGAAACUUGAUGUUUUUUACGGCGUGCUGAAGUUGUCGUAGAAACUUGCAUUAAAAGACGUGUUCUAUUUCCGCAAGGGGCAUUCUUUUCUCCGAUAGGCAUGACCACUGUCGCCAAAUGAUUGCCGUUAAAACCCGUCCUAAAUAAAAGAAAGUCUAUUUUUUUAAUCACA